CCGAAAGAAAUUUAUUUUAAGAUCUCAAUGAUUUAGUUGAAAUAUUAUUAUAUGACUACUCUAUUAUGUUCCAACCUACGCAGUUCGAACCGCCCAUAUCCUUUACAGCAAUGGCUACAACCGACGACCGUAAGCAGCUUCAUGUAGCGAUGUUUCCGUGGCUUGCUUUCGGUCACAUUAUCCCUUUCCUUGAACUCUCCAAAUCUAUAGCCCAAAAGGGACACAGAGUCUCUCUUCUUUCCGCCGCUAGGAACAUACAACGUCUCCCCACCCUCCCUUCUAACCUUUCGCCACUCAUAAAUCUUGUUAAACUCACUCUUCCACGUGUUAAAGAGCUGCCCUCGAAUGCAGAGUCCACCAUGGACGUUAGCACUAAUGAUAUUCCUUACCUCAAGAGAGCCUUUGAUGGUUUUCAGCCAGAGGUCACUCGGUUUCUUGAGGAAGAGUCACCAGACUGGAUUAUUUAUGACUUUGCUCCCUACUGGUUGCCAUCAGUCGCGGCUGGCCUUGGAAUCUCGCGAGCCUUCUUCUCAAUUAUCAAUGCAUGGUUCAUCGCUUUUCAGGGACCUUCGCCCAAUGACUUGAUAAAUGGUUCUGAUGAACGAACGAUCGCUGAUGAUUUCUUGGCACCGCCGAAAUGGGUUCCCUUUCCGAGCAAACUUUGCUAUAGGAAGCAUGAGGCCAAUUGGAUGGUGGGCUGCGUUUCUGUUAAUGCUUCUGAGGUUUCGGAUGCAUAUCGUUUAGGGAUGGUUUUGAAGGGAUCUGAUUGUAUAUUUAUAAGACAUUGCUAUGAGUUCGAACCCCAAUGGCUAACCCUUUUAGAGAAGCUACAUACUCUGCCAGUGGUUCCCGUGGGGUUAAUGCCACCCGAGACACCCACCGACGUGGUAGAUGCGAAAGACGCCACGUGGGUGACAAUCAAGAAGUGGCUUGAUGGUCAACAAAAAGGUCAUGUGGUGUAUGUGGCAUUAGGAAGUGAGGUUAUGAUGAGCAAAACCGAGCUAGAUGAGUUAGCUUUGGGUCUAGAGCUCUCUGGGUUGCCAUUCUUUUGGGCUCUUAGAAAAUCAGUAGGUUCCACCAAGUCAAACUCGAUAGAGUUGCCAGACGGAUUCUUGGAACGAACCCGUGACCGUGGAGUGGUGUGGACGAGUUGGGUACCUCAGUUACAAGUACUGAGCCAUGAGUCAGUGGGUGGCUUCUUGACUCAUUGUGGUUGGGGUUCAAUUGUGGAGGGGCUCAUGUUCGGUCACCCUCUAAUAAUGUUACCUUUUUUGGUGGACCAAGGUCUCAAUGCUCGAAUAUUGGUGGACAAACAGGUGGGAGUAGAGGUACCAAGAAAUGAGGAAGAUGGCUCCUUCGUUAAGGAAUCGGUGGCCGUAUCAAUGAGGUCGGUUGUUGUCGACAAUGAAGGGAAGAUCUACAGGGCGAAUGCGAUGGAGUUGAGUCAGACAUUCGGUGACAGUGAGCUGCCAAAAAAGUAUGUAGACCAUUUCAUAGACUAUUUGGAAAAGAACAGGCGUGUGGUUGCUAUCAACGAUGAAACGUAACCAUAUAAAGCUUGUGAGUUGUUGGGUUUGUUUAUAUUCAAAUGUUGUUUGGAAUAAUUCAAGUAUUUUGUUUUGGAUGAACGAAAUAACGUUAUAUAUGUUGAAUCACUAUGUGUUUUAAAUUUGAGUAUUUGUGUUUUACUCAAUUAGAUCUUUCUGCUC